GCUACCAUCCACCCGCGCCUGCGAGAUUGGCACGACAUUUCAAUCGCUUGGUAAACUCGUCCGUCGUCCGCAUCGGCACCAGGUGUAAUUGGCUGGCAUCAUGGCAGCACCGGUACUGCUCGUGCGACGUCCAUCACCCGAACUGGCCAAAGGCUUGCUCACACACAUUAGCGAUGAUCGGGCAUCGCUAUCCACUGGGCUGGCUUCUCAGCAGUGGCUCGAGUACACCAACGUCUUUCGAGCGCAUGGCUGGGAUGUUCGAGAGGUACAAGCAGCGGAUGAGUGCCCGGAUGGAGUCUUCAUCGAGGACGCCCUACUAUGGCUGACCGAUCUCAGUGAGAAGGCGGAUCAAGGCCCUGCAAUCAUCCUCAUGAACACGCCUGCACCGUCCCGCGCCAAGGAGCUAUCUACGGCACAAGCCUGCGCAGAGACGAUUGCUACUGCCCAUGGUGCCAAGCUGUACAGCUUGAAAGAGAUCGGAGGAAGCGAAGCUCACCUCGAGGGUGGAGACGUGCUCAAAGUUGGACGCGUUGUCUACGUCAACUCCGGCGGUCAUCGGACAAACGAGGCGGGAAUUUGCGCGCUGAGAAGUAUUGCAGAGCGUAUAGGAUAUUCCGUUGUCGGCAUUCCAAUUCAAGGUGCUUUGCAUCUCAAGAGUGCAGUGACGGCACUGCCUGAUGGCACCGUCAUCGGUCACAUGCCUGGUUUGCAAGCGUUCUUCAAGCCAUAUCUGCAAGUCCCGGAGCCCGAAGGGGUAGCCGUGGUGCAUCUGAGACCUUACGAGGCGCUUGCAAGUGCGCACGACGAAAAAGCGGAAGCUCAUUUGGUCAUGUCUUCGUCAGCGCCGAGGACCACAGCGCUGCUAGAGAGCUUGGGGUGGAAAGUGACCACGACAGAUGUGACCGAGUUCGAGAAGCUGGAGGGAUGCGUGACCUGCCUAUCCGUACGCUGUCGACCAGGCUCGCGCAGCUAGAUGUGGCAAGGAAGGUCGUGGUAGCGCAUGUCAACGAGAAGCGGGUGCUUUUGCUUCCCAUGAUCUUGCGGUGGCUCCCACGUGCGUCGAAGAGCAAUUAGGCAUCAGAGUGGAAUACAGGAGGCCCACAGCGGCGGGAAGAGGACUCUUGAAUUGAGUUCAUUAGGCGGCGCGUGGAAUCUGCUUUUCUCACCCAAGCUGCUGCACCUGUGCUCAUUGCUCCAUGGACACCUUCCGACCCUUGGCUCUGACGCUCGUUCUUGGCAUGGAUGUUGAGAAGUGAGGUGAGGUUCGCUGUAUAGUAGUUUGAGUACCUACACAGAAAGGACUAGCUAUGGACGCG